AUGCGCAAUGUCAGUCUGACUUCUCUUCAUGCCGCUCAGCGCUUGCAAAGAAUGAGUGUGGUGGCUGUCAUCGGGACGACUGGCGUCGGCAAGUCGCAACUCGCCGUCGAGCUUGCGCAACGACUCGAAGCAGCAGAGAUUAUCAAUUGCGACGCCAUGCAGCUUUAUGCUGGCCUUCCUCUGCUCACGAAUAAAGCCACGCGAGCCGAGCAAGGCGGCAUCAAGCAUCACCUGCUCGGAGUGUGCGAUCCGAUGGCGCCAAAAGCGAACGAGUGGGAUGUCAAGGAUUACGUGCAUGAGGCCACAAAGGUGGUCUCACAGCUCCACGACCAGCGUAAGACGCCUAUACUUGUCGGUGGCACGACCUACUAUCUUCAAAAUCUGCUCUUCGCCGGUGGUCUUGCGCCUACCGCUUACGGCGGCAUCUCCGGCGUUCGCGCACGAUCAAAAUGGCCGCCCAUCUCGUCUGACAGAAUAGACACGUCCGCAUUCGCCGAUGCGUCGCUCGCGGCUGAUAUACAGUCACUACCGAGUGACGAGCAUGCCUUGCUCGCCAUUUUGCCCGGUCUACCUCCCCUAAGCAGUCCUUUUUCAUUUCCACCAGAUUUUCCGGUACAUCUCUUGCCGGAGCCAUAUCGCAAAGAUUCGCUCAAGCUAGCCAACAUGCUCAAUGAGAUCCUGCUCAAGCUAGAUCCUGUCUCUGGUAACAAAUGGCCGAAGAACGACGUCCGCAAGAAUCGUCGCGCGCUCGAAAUUUGUUUGGAAACCGGACUGCGGACUAGCGAUGUGUACGCAAUGCAGAAGCGUGAAACAGCCGCGGAGCUUCAGCCGUCCGGAGGUACCGCCAAGUAUCGCAGCCUCAUCUUAUGGCUCUAUUCUGAGCCCAAGGAGCUCGAGGCAAGACUGCUUGCGCGCGCCAACAAGAUGGUUCAGUCUGGGCUGCUCGGCGAGGUUGCUACCUUGAGACGAGCAUUCGAUCGCGCCGCAUAUCGACCAUCUCUUGCAGCUAUAUCUAGUAUACUGCGCGACGUCAUCUCUCUGCGCUGGCAGUCUGCCUACAGGCGCUCAGAGAUGUCCAUACGAAGUCUCCUAGGCUUGUCCGUAGCGCCUGUCUCGAUCGAUUACAGCCGCGGCAUUGCACAGAGCCUUGGCUUCAGGCCUUUCGAUACUUACCUCAAUCUCUUGCCUGGGCAUACGGACGAGAAAGCGCUGGCGAAAGCAAAUGAGCAGAUGUUCUUCGGCACACGUCAGUAUGCCCGGCGCCAGGUCAAGUGGAUACGCAAGCAGCUUCUGCCGCUGAUCGAUCGAAAUCAAGCGGCUCCAGACCGCGGCCAUGACACCUUGAUCUAUGUCCUUGAUGCCACAGAUCUUUCACAGUGGCAAGAGCGCGUCGCAGAUCCAGCCAUCGCGCUCACAAGAGCUUUCCUGGACGAGCGCAACAUGCCCAAGACAGAUGAAGUUUCGUCGCGGGCGGGAGCGCUACUCGCACAGGCCGAUCGAGCGCAUGCGCCGUGA